CUUCCCCAGGCGAUGUGGGAUUGCACAGCUUACCCGGUAUUUCCCCUUACGGAUCACGGGACUACUGACUGUCACAUAAGAGUCCCCUUGAGCAACACCUUCCCUGUUUGCUUGUCCUUGACAAAGCAACAUGAUUUAUGAAAUUCAAGAAACACAAAAUUGUCAUUAGUUAAUGGUGAUACACUGACCAAGUUCUUAGUAAUUGCAGGGACAUGAAGUACAGAUUGUAAUUUUAGAGACUUAGCAUUAGAUGCAGAUAGAGAGGCAAGACCAAUAUUGGAAAUUAGGAGUUUCUUACCGUCUCCAACCGCAAGUCCUUCGGGUCCUGGAUAGGCUAUUGCUGAGUCGAGAUUUCCAAUGUCAUUCGUGACAUGAUUUGUAGCCCCCGUGUCGACAAACCAGCCCGAGUCAUCCCCAAAGUCAGGAACAAAUGAAGCAGCAAAGGCUUGAGGAUCGUACUCAAAUUCAUGUUCAGUGAUGAAUGCUCGAGGAGGUUGAUUCUGAGAAGUGGAAGAUGAACCAGGUUUAGGGGUAACCCAGUUCUUAUCGAACCGGUAGUGACAUACUGGUGUUGUAUGGCCAUAACGAAGACACAACUGACAUAGAGGUCGAUUUGGGGGAUUAUGGCUUCUGUAGUUUGGUUUGGCACCAGUUUUGGGGAACUGUGGUGGGCGAUAGGUAUUAGUUCUUGAGCCAGUGAAUGCUAUAUUGGCUUGAAGUUUCAUGGACUGGUCUGUAAGGGAGCUGUGAUGAUCCAGGCGACUCUCAUGAGAGAGUAAUAAAGCCUGUACUUCUUCGAAUGUGAGUGAGUCACUACGGGCGGUGAUCCCUGAGACGACGGGAUCGUACUCUGGUCCAAGACCAUUGAGUAGUUGCAGGAUGAGAUCUUGAUCAAGAAUUGGAGAGCCAGCCACCGCAAGAGAAUCGGCAAUGGCCUGGACUUUAUCAACAUAGUCCGAGAUGGUUUGACCUCCUUUUUGAAUCGUAGAGAACUGAUUCUUGAGCUGAAGCAGUCUUGCUUUAGAUUGACUCGAAAAUUUUUGUUCAAGGGCAUGCCAGACUGCGUGAGAGGAGGAAAAACUCGCGACUAAUGCAAGAACACCCUCUGACAUGGACGAUCGGAGCCAUGACAGAAGAAGUUGAUCUUUUCUUUUCCACUGAUUAUAUUCAGGGUUUGGCUCUCCGGUAAGAAGAUGUUGUAGAGGAGGAUUGCCAGCCAACAAGAUCUCAUCCAGUUCGUGUCCGAUUACGGUAGGGAUCACCUGAGAUUUCCAAGAGAGAAAAUUAGUACGAUUAAGUUUGACAGUCAAAACAGAGGUUAAGGAAUGAGAAAAGGGAUUCCAGUUGGAAUGCAACUGGUUUGACAUUGCAGAAGCAGAAGUUCUGGUGGCCGGAACAGGAUCGGAGGAGGUAGACUCCAUUGAUGACGCUAGUCGAGGGCGACUGAUACCAUGUAGAGUUUCAGAGUAUGAAACUUUACAGAACAAAGUAACAAAACGAGAGAGAGAGAGAGAGAGAGAGAGAGAGAGAGAGAGAGAAAACAGAGUGUAUCAAAAUGAGUAAACCCAGAACUUGAGUUCUCUUGUUAUUACUGACUGUAUUUAUAUACAAGUGUAAGAAAGCAACAGAAAUAAAAACAAGAAUUAACAGACUAAGAAAACCGUUACAAAGUUAGUUAGAACAACUAACUAACUCACUCAACUAUACUGACACUGUCUCUCUCUUGCACUACUCGGACCAACCCACCCCUUUCUCUCCACAUACAACCCCCAACACACACCAACUUCUUUUCUUUUCUCAAACUUUUUUCCAUUUACAUUUUUUCUUUGCUCUCCUCGCAUUACCAAACAAUAAAAAAAAAAAAAAAAAACACAAUGCCAACCCUCCUCCUUUCAGUUCUCUCUCUCUCUAACGGUUUACUCACUAUCCUCUUUUCCCAAGAAAUUUCAUCUUUCCUUUUACUCUCACUAAAGCCAAUAGCCUCUGUGUGAACCUCUUUCCAUAUAUGAGAAUAUAACACAACUUCACUUUCUAUCUCUCUAUUACUUUUCUGCUUUCAUUUUCCCAAUUCAAACACGGCAAAUAUGGCUCUGGCAAUCACACAAACUUGUACAAUGCCCAUUGACAACAUUGGAGGGCCUUCAUGCUCCCACCAAACCCGUAUUCUCCGACUCUUACAAGACUGUACAGACAUGUCUCAGUUAAAACAAAUACACGCUCACACUUUGCGUACCACUUCCACCGCUAAUAAUUCCCAUACACUUUUCAUAUAUAGUCGAAUCCUCCAUUUCUCGUCCAUGGCUGACACUGCCUAUGCCUUUCGGGUCUUCGGUCAGAUUGAGAACCCAAAUUCAUUCAUGUGGAACACUCUCAUUAGGGGAUGUGCCCGUAGCGAUAAUCACAAAAAUCAGGCCAUACAACUAUAUUGUAAGAUGUUAGAAGGAGGAGUUGUUAACCCUGAUAAAUAUACUUAUCCCUUUGUUCUUAAAGCUUGUGCUUACUUGUUUGCCCUUUCCCAAGGGGAACAAUUACAUGCCCAUGUUGUGAAAUUUGGGUUAGGUUCGGACGUUUAUAUAAGCAACAGUUUGAUUCACUUCUAUGCCUCUUGCGGACAUUUAGAAUUAGCUCACAAAGUGUUUGAGAAAAUGCACGUUAGAAGUUUGGUAUCUUGGAACGCAAUGAUUGAUGCAUUUGUUCAAUCAGGUGAGUUUGAAAAUGCGUUGAAAUUGUUUAGGGAGAUGCAGAACAUGUUUGAGCCUGAUGGGUAUACAAUGCAAAGCAUUAUAAAUGCUUGUGCUGGAAUUGGUGCCUUGUCUUUAGGAAUGUGGGUUCAUUCUUAUUUAUUAAGGAUGCCUAAUCCAGCUAUGGCUAGUGAUGUGUUGGUUGCCUCUGAGUUGAUAAAUAUGUAUUGCAAAUGUGGAUCCUUAGAAAUUGCUCAGCAAGUCUUUGAUAGAAUGUCCAACCGUGAUAUAACUACAUGGAAUUCAAUGAUUUUAGGAUUUGCUAUGCAUGGGCAGGCUAAGGCAGCUUUGGAAUGUUUUGCUCGUUUGAUCGAAACAGAGGUUUUUAAGCCUGAUUCAAUCACCUUUGUUGGUGUUUUGAGUGCAUGUAAUCACACAGGCAUAGUUAGUGAGGGGCGUAAGUAUUUCGAACUGAUGGUGAAAAAGUACAAGAUUCAACCCCAACUAGAGCAUUACGGUUGCCUAGUUGAUCUUUUUGCUCGUGCUGGUUUCAUUGAUGAAGCUCUGAAUUUGGUCAGAAAUAUGCCAAUGAAACCAGAUGCUGUAAUCUGGAGGAGUCUACUCAAUGCUUGUGGCAAGCAAAGGGCAAGUGUUGAGCUUAGUGAAGAAGUAGCUAGACAAAUCCUAGAGUCUGAGGAUGCUGCUUCAAGUGGGGUUUACGUCCUCAUGUCAAGUGUCUAUGCAUCUGCUAGCCGUUGGGAUGAUGUUGGAUUGUUAAGGAAAUUGAUGACAAAAGAAGGUAUAUCGAAAGAGCCGGGCUGUAGUAUAAUUGAGGUUGAUGGAAUCACUCAUGAAUUUUUUGCUGGGGAUUCAUCUCAUCCUGAAUGUAAGGAAAUAUAUAAGUUUCUGGAUGUUAUUAAAGAGCGACUCCAGUUAAUGGGAUAUUCACCAGAUUAUUCACAGGCGCCUUUGGUUAAUGAAGAGGGCGAUACGAAAGAGCACUCUCUAGACUUGCAUAGUGAAAGAAUUGCCCUUGCUUUCGGGCUUCUAAACUCGAAACCAGGCAUUCCUAUACGCAUAUUUAAGAACCUUAGAGUAUGCAACGAUUGCCACAAUGUAUUCAAAUUGAUUUCCAGUGCCUUUAAUGUGGACAUCAUCAUGAGAGAUCGUGCUAGGUUCCAUCAUUUUACUCAUGGCUCCUGUUCCUGCAUGGAUUAUUGGUGAAUCCUUUGUUUUUUUAAGAUCUAAUAUUGUUUAUAUGUACGUGUACUUAAGCUUUAAAAAAAUAAGUAAAACUGUAUCAUGUCUUCUUUGAAACAGCUACAAGCAAUGGAAAUUUAUUAAAUAGUAAAACGCUUAUAUUUCUUUGAUAAUUUU